ACAUUAUAAAAUAGAGGGAUAUUGUCGUGGCUCAGAGAACAGAGUCGUAAAACAUCCUUUCCACCUGUGGCCUCUCUUACAAUAUAUACAUUCUCUCCCUAUUCUAAAGAAAGUACCGAAGGGGAAAAAACUUCUAAUAAGCAACAUGAAAAACUUAUUUAUAUUGUUGUUGGUGACAACGGCAGCUAUCAUCACAGAAGCUGUACGAACCCAGUCGGACUGCCAAAUCCACAGGAACAGAGAAAUGAAGAGUAUGGCCCCUCUCCCCAUGCGCUUAAUCCCGAAUUGCGACAAAAAUGGAGACUACUUGCCCAUGCAGUGCUUCCAGAACAGCAAAUUCUGCAGGUGCUACAGCAAGGAUGGGGAUCUGCUCACUCCACCAUCCACCAAGUUGAAAAGUUGUGAUUGCAUAGCGAAGAAGAACGAAAUGCAGAAAAAGAAUUUGUCUCGAUCAAGCAUACCUCAGUGCAAUACCGAUGGGACUUACAAGAAAUCAUAAUGGAUGGACACCUAUGAAUCUUUGCUGCUGUGUCCAAUCGAUGAAGCCACAGGAAUUAUGUUAAGGAACUUGUUGCUUCAAUACAACUUGAAAGAGAAAUUCUGCAUACCUUUAUAAAAUUGUAAUAAUGUAUAUGAAAUACUUCCAAUAAAUUCAUUUAUCUUA